AUGCCGCAAACACUCAGUACGAGAGAGGCCAACCUCUUCCGUACCGUUAUCCGCCAUUAUGAGGACAAGCAAUACAAGCGCGGCUUGAAGGCUGCCGAACAGAUCUUGAAGAAGAACCCGAAGCAUGGAGAUACAAUGUCGAUGAAGGCAUUGAUUCUCAACGCUCAGGGCAAGACAGAGGAGGCUUUUGGGCUAGCCAAGGAUGCUCUAACGAUUGACAUGAAGUCGUACAUCUGCUGGCAUGUCUACGGCAUUCUCUACCGCACCAACAAGAACUUCGACGAGGCCAUCAAGGCCUACAAAUUCGCUCUGAAGCUCGAGCCCGAUUCGCACCAGAUCCAACGCGAUCUAGCCGUUCUCCAGGUGCAGAUGCGCGAUUACCCAGGCUACAUACAGAGCAGAUUGGUGAUGCUGAAGGCGAGACCCCAACUUCGCCAGAACUGGACAGCCCUUGCCAUCGCAUACCACCUAGAUGGCAAUCUUCAACAGGCCGAGAAUAUUCUUAGCACCUAUGAGAAAUCUGUCACGGCCGCGCCCCUGAGAACCGACCUUGAAAAUUCGGAGGCACUUCUGUACAAGAAUUCGAUCAUUGCCGAAAUGGGGGAUUUUGAACGGGCCUUGGAACACUUGGAGGCGGAAUGCAAGGCCUGCCUUGACCGACUGGCCGUAAUGGAGCUUCGGGCCCGCUACCUGGCUGAACUGGGCCGGAAAGAGGAUGCCGCAAAGGCAUACCGAGCGUUGCUUGAUAGGAACUCCGAACACCCGGACUACUACAAGGGCUUGGUUGACGCCCUCGGUAUCGCUGCGGAUGACGAAACCGCUCUGAAGGCCGUGUAUGACGACUUUCGCGUAGCCGCCAAGGCGUACUUGACUCUGAUGUUCGACAAGGGGGUUCCCUCAACUUUCGCCAACUUAAAGCAUUUGUACUCGGACAACUUCAAAAAGGAGACCUUGCCUAUCUUGGCUGAGGAGUACUUGGAAGAGCACCGCGGCAACUCGUCCGCGAAUGGCGAUAGCUCCAAGGGCGAGGGGGCGGCUCUCUACUUUUUGGGGCAACACUACAAUUAUUUCAUGUCACGAGACCUCUCCAAGGCCACUGAAUAUGUCGAAAAGGCCAUCGAGUUGGACCCCAAGAACGUCGAUUUCCACAUGACGAAGGCCAGGAUAUUCAAACACCAGGGCGAGAUCGCAAAGGCUGCCGAAGCGAUGGACCAUGCCCGCUCUCUAGACACCAGAGAUCGCUACAUCAACUCCAAGGCCGCAAAGUACCAGCUACGGAACGACGAGAACGAGAAGGCAUUGGCAACAAUGGGCUUGUUCACGCGGGCCGAGACUGUCGGAGGGCCCCUGGUCGAUUUGACCGACAUGCAGUGCAUCUGGUUUUUGACCGAGGACGGUGAGGCGUGGCAGCGGCGGGGCGAUAUCGGCCUGGCCCUCAAGCGUUAUCACACCAUUUUCAACAUUUUCGACAUCUGGCAGGAGGAUCAGUUCGACUUUCAUAGUUUCUCCCUCCGAAAGGGGCAGAUCAGGGCAUACAUUGACCUCGUUCGCUGGGAGGACCAACUACGAGAGCACCCUUUUUACUUCCGGGCAGCUCUGGACGCUGUCAACCUCUACCUGUCGAUGUACGACAAACCACAGAAUGGAGCGAACGGUGUGGAAGGCAGCCAUACAAAUGGUGAAGACGCCGCCGCAGAAAAGAAGAAGGCAGCAAAGAAAGCCAGAAAAGAGGCCCAGAAGGCCGAGAGAGAGGCCGCUGAGAAGGCUGCCAAGCAGGACCCUAAUAAGGGCGGUGCCCAGAAGAACAAGGAUGGCGAGGAGGUGAAGAAGAAGGAUGAGGACCCGAACGGUGUGAAGCUCGCCGCUACAACUGAUCCUCUGGGUGACGCCAUGAAGUUUCUCCUGCACUUGCUGCAGUUCAGCCCGAAGAACAUUGAAGGCCAAAUCGCCGGUUUCGAGGUCUACAUCCGCAGGAACAAAUACCUUCCGGCUUUGCGCUGCCUUAAGGCGUCGCUUGCCCUUGACAAGGAUCACCCCAAGGUCUCAGAACAGGCGGCUCGGCUGCGGAAGGCAUUGGAGGGCGCCGUCGAUUCGCUGGCACCCAAGGCGAAGGAAGUCAUCGAAUCCGAGCUCGCUACUGUGCCUGGGGCUUAG